AAUUUUGUCUGUGGCAAGUGGGGCUUGGUCUUAUGCACGCUGUUGUAAGGAGCACAGGGUCCGUGUGUCUUGUUUUGCUGCUGAAUUGGUGCUGACUUGCAAACUGCCUGUUUUACUUCUUGUUUUGCUCCCAGCUUUGCUGCCUGUCUACUCUUUGGAAGACUUCAGUCUGUUUGCUGUGUAGGCUGAUCCCUGUGGUUUAUAGUAACCAACACAAUCAUGUUAGUAGGUAUUGCCAAUGGAUGAACUGGUGCAUGACUUGGCUUCAGCCUUAGAGCAGACUUCAGAACAAAACAAGCUGGAUGAGCUAUGGGAAGAGAUGGCCCUAAGCCCACGGCAGCAGCGACGUCAGCUUCGCAAGAGACGGGGUCGCAAACGACGCUCAGACUUCACGCAUCAGGCAGAGCAUGCCUGCUGCUACAGCGAGGCCUCAGAGUCAAGCUUGGAUGAAGCUGUGAAGGAUUGCCGGGAGGUGCUGACAGCCAAUUUCAGUGACUCUGAUGACACAGCAGUGGUCAAACGACAUCCAGCUCUCAGUGCCACCCUGAGGAGCAAGCAACACUCAUGGCAUGAGUCAGACUCCUUUACAGAGAACGCGCCGUGUCGACCUCUCAGGCGCCGUCGGAAAGUCAAACGUGUGACAUCAGAGGUGGCUGCCAGUCUCCAGCAAAAGCUCAGGGUGUCAGAGUGGAACUACGAGAGGGGCUGCAGGUUCAAGUCGGCUAAGAAACAACGUCUUUCACGCUGGAAGGAAAACGCCCCUUGGACAUCAUCUAGUCGUGGCCUUUGUGAAACUGGAGAGAACAGGCCCUUCCUCAGCAAAGGGGGAAGGAAGGAGCGGAUGGAGUGCGAAGCUGAUGAGCAGAAGCAGGGCUCAGAUGAAAAUAUGUCUGAAUGUGAAACCAGCAGUGUAUGCAGCAGCAGUGAUACUGGCCUGUUUACCAAUGAUGAGGGGCGCCAAGGAGAUGAUGAACAGAGCGAUUGGUUUUAUGAAGGAGAAUGUGUCCCAGGAUUCACUGUCCCCAACCUCCUUCCCAAGUGGGGAGCUGACCACCGAUCUGAAGUGGAGCGGAUUGACUCAGGACUGGAAAAGCUCUCAGAUUCCACGUUUCUUUUGCCCUCACGACCAGCUCAGAGAGGCUUUCAUGCUCGCCUGAAUCGCCUUCCAGGAGCUGCUGCCCGUUGUCUCCGAAAAGGUCGAAGGAGGCUUGUUGGCAAGGAGACCUCCAUGAGCACUGUGGGCACCGAGAGGCUAGGUCAUAUUGUUAGUGAUCCACGCCAGAAAGAUAAGAACAAAGUGCUGGCUUCUGAUCUCCCUCACACUGUGGUGUUUGCAUGUGAGUUCAAUCCAUUAUCUCCUCUGUACUCUCUGGAUGUGCUUGCUGAUGCUUCCCACCGAAGAUGCUCACCAGCACACUGCACCGCCAGGCAAGCAAAUGUACACCUGGGACCACCAUGCUCAAGGGACAUCAAGAGGAAACGAAAGCCAGCUGCAGCCUCCACAUCGAGCCCAACAUCAGCGACUUUAUCUGUGCACACGGAUGCUGCAGAGUCAGACCUACCAGCAACAACAUCCCUGAGAUCCCAGAACUCUGAGUGGACAGGGAAAAUACCAGCAGCCGAGAAAGCCACUAUUGCUGCCUCCACUAACUUUUUUAAAAUGCCGCCAGAGAAGAACCCCGGAUACAGCUAAAAGAAACCAUUGCAACUGUAAAAGCUUGCAGGAUUUUGGAAGCGUUUGACUCUGGUGUAUGUCUUCAUCAAACAUCUUGUUUGGCAGUAGUGAUAUCUUCAGUAUUGGCACAUGAUGCGCGCCAUCAUCCAGAUAGAUCUGCGUGCCCCACGUAUCUAAACAAUGUUUGUGAAUAUAUGUUUAAAAAAAGGUAAUCAGUGUUGGGACUGCAGUGACUUUUUAAACUGUUCUUGCUAUUGCUGUAUUUAUUAUGCAUUCAUCUCCUUCUAUGAUGCCAGGUCCUAUGUGCUGGGUUGUAUACAGAAUCUUUUGGAUUUUCAGAUCUUGAUCUAUAUUCACCCAUGAAGUUGUUGCUUAUUUGCUGCAUUUGACAUUUUCUGUGUGAAAGUACCCCCUGCCGCUCAAAGAGGCAUAAGUCCUUCCCCUGCUUUCUCCAAGGCCAGGAAGAUUUCUUGGCUGGGGAAUUAGGAGGGAAUGCUAACAAGAUGAAACAUGAAACAUGAAUUCUGUAGUAGCAGAAUGUUUUUAGGCCAUGUGUGAAUGAACUCAACCCAUGUUGCUUCGAGUGAAGCAAAUACAGUGCUUGUCCAUUCAGAAAUUGCCCCAGGCUCACUGACAGCAUGGUACAUUUCCUUCUUCCGUCUUCUGAAUGUCUUUUGUCUUGCUUUGUUUAUUGCAUGUUCUUUCCUAAAUCUCCUACUGGAUAAGGAUUUGGAAGAACCACUUGGACAUAAUAAAUGUGCAAGCUGGUGUCAUGGAAAGGAACCUGGGCCCUCAAAUAUCCUUCAAGUAUGGUAGAGGUUAUACCAAACUUCUGUUUCUCAGUGUUUAACUUCAAAAGAGACUGUCUGCAUUUCCCAGGACAUUUUCCAUCAAAGUUACCAUGUAACUGAACAACAACAACAACAAAAAACAUUUCAAGUGUCACUUGUGUUCAAAGCCUUCUUGGUACUGCUUAGACCAUUUCUGUCUCAUGUUCUCCCUCCCUUCAAAAGAAGUACUGUCUGCUGUAUCUGUUGGAGGUGUCUCCACCUGCUGUUGAUUGUACUUUACUCUGCAGCAUACACAGAAGAGAUUCUGUUCUCUUUGUAGUGCUUUCACUUGGUCCUCUGUUGCCUUCUCUCUUGCAGAGUAUACGGAUAGUGAUUUCUCCCCUCUUUUUCAUCUAUUCUUGAUCGCAUUACAUGUACUUUUAUUGCAUUACUCUGCGUGGAGUAUAUUUUGGGCUAAAUUUCUAGGAUAUAUACCUGUAUAGCACGUGUCAAAGGGCCAGUGGCCUCAUGGGUUCCCAAGUCCUUUAAAAAUAGGACAUAUUUGUAUGCACACAAUUACUUUUGCUUUUCUCUCUGGGUGGAGCUUCCAGACAGGACAACUGAAGCUUGUAAAAUUCAUUUUAAAUGUGGAGGUGCAGUUAGCACUGUUUUUACUGUUUUUUGCAGUGUUUUUAGUGAUUUUACAGUGUUUGCCUCUCCCUUAUAAAUCAAAUAGCUGAGGGACAGAUUUGAUUUCAAAGCUAUAAGGCAAUAUUUUAUAUUUAAUUAUGUAUUAAUAUGUUAAAUGGUCAUAACAUACAAAACAAAAAAUUGAACGGCUCAGUCUAAAUCAUGAUUGACAAAUACAGUUACAUUACAGACACACGGCCUGUGUCUGAUCCCCUAAUACCUACUUAUUCUUGGGGAGAGAUCCAAAUUGGAUUUAUAUUUCGCAGCCCAAGCAAACUGUCAGAUCUGCCCAUGCAAAUCCCCCUCAAAAUAUUAUUUCUUUUUAGUCGUACAUUUUAGAACUAUUUAGAACAGGGAAAGCCUUUUUACCUUGCUAAAGGUGUACAGAGGUCAGUUUGGAUUAUGAGACAAUCAGCGAAGGCUUUGUGGAGUGAGGAGUGUUCCUGUUUUAAAGCAGCCCUUGGAUUGUCUUAUUUUGUACUUGGAGCACUUGGCUUAGUGGUGCUUGAAAGGUAGUGGACAAAGUCUCAACACUUGGAGGGCCUGUGAUGUAGAAUUUAUAAAGAGGAAGGAAACCUGAAGAGUAGUCAAUUGUCUAUCUUGUACUUGUGAGCACAGUAAAGGCAAUGGUGGUCGCAUUCUCCUGACAGCUGGCAAAUAAAUUUUUGGUUUAGAGCUUUGUAACCUAACUUGCAGGGAGUGGUCCCCUGAAAGAGCAUUUGUGCAAUUCAGUGUUUAUCUCAUGAAGGCUCUUCCACAGCCUCUCUUGGUCUGAGUCUAUUUAGCAGACUCAUUCCAGUUACCAAGCAUUUAGUUGAAAUUUUAAAAUCUGGUCUGUGUUCCCCUUUUUUAGAACAAGUCUGAUACAGCAAGAUAUAUUCUAAGUAUUCUUCAGAGCAAUACUGUUUCUUUUGUGGUGGUAGGACAAUUUAAAACCUUUACAAGAGGUGUUAGGGAAUCGACAGCCUUCAUCUCCCUCUAGGGAGGAAGGACGCCAGACUUCACAUGAUUUUUCUCUGGGGGCAGUGAAAGAUAAAUUAUCAUCAGAUUUUCCUAUUGAGGUCAGUAGCACUGUUCAUCUGAGUAAGCCCUAAGGUUGUAAGCUUCCUAGGAGGUCCUCCUUGCCUUUGAAGGUUGAAUAUACCUGUCGUGCUACUGAAGAGUAACUACAGCAGGCCGUGUCUUGUUUAAUCAUGCUUCCAGCUAUGGCAGUUUCCUGGAAGUGCUUGGAGACUUACAUUCUUGUAGCUUCCCUGUCUUUCCUCUUCCUAUGUUGGAAUCCAUUUGUAGGUCAGUCAGGCUCUCAACCAAAUUUGAUUCUCCUGACUAGCAAACAAGCCACAUGUCAUGUUUCAUCUUGUUCCUCCAGGGUGUUUAUCUAAAUUCAUCUUCAUACUUCAGUAGCUUUAUUCAGUUUUGAAUAAUUGCAGCAUUCUUAAAUGAAUGAACUAGGUACGUUGCUUCAUCUCUCUUCUUCCAAGGCAGGUUCCUUAAACCUGUCUCAGGUACAAGAAUCUACAUCUGCCUUGGUUGGUAUUUAGGAGGAUUCUGUCUGCUCAGUCUGUCAAAGUCCCUUUGGAUGGUAUCACCACCCUCUAUCAUAUCAGCAGCUUCCCCUGUAUAUGGCAUUUUUUCCUGUUUUCCUAGAGAGUAUGCUCUGUUCUGUUCUCCACAUCAUUAUGAAGAUGCUGAACAGUAUCAAUCCCAGUAUUGUCUUCUGAGGUGUGCUUCUCAUAACUUGCCAUUGUGUACACUUCAAACCACUGUUCAUUAUUCUUUGAGCCUGGCAGGUCAACCAGUUUCUCACUGACCUUUCUUACUGAGCUGCGUCUAGUCCAUAGCUCUCCAACUUGGCUGUGAGGAUGCUGUGAGAGACUGCAACAAGAGGCUUGCUAAGGUCCAUGUAAGCAGCAUCCCCUGCCUUCCACUCAUUCACAGAGCCUGUCAUUUCAUCCUAGAAGGCAGAUUAAUAGAUACUAUCUUCCUUCAUUAAAUAGGGCUGCCUCUUCCUAGUCACCUUCUUGUCCUUUGGAUGCUUGGAAAUGGCUUCCAGAACUUGCUCACAAAACUUAUGAGGGACUGAGGUAAGGUUGACUCAUUGGUCAUCUCCCAGGUCCUCCUCGGUGCCUUUUUAGAAAGAGGCACAAUAUACUGCCCUUCUUGCCCUGUCAUAUCAUGCAAUUUCCCCAGGUUUUCAAAGAUUAUGGAGACCAGCUCAUAAUGACAUUCUUAUGCCAAAAAAAUGUUGUGUAUGUGUGGCAAGAAGGUGCACGGUCAGUGGAAGAGAAAGAGCUGGGAGGAACACAUUUAAGUAGUUGUUCUUUGCACAUUUCCAGUAGUUCCAAUGAGCUCUAGUGAGGCUUAAGUUCUAGUUUAGUAGGUACUGGAGAGGUGCAAAUUAAAAGAAUGGAUUUUUGAUUUUAAGAUAAGGUGCAGUAAAGAGCGAAGAAGGCAGCAAAACAGUAGUUGGAGAGACUCUUAAGAGGCUGGGAGUAGUGCUACCGAAUGAUAGAUUAGCUUCAUGAUUGUGCUGUGCAGAGGUGUGUCUUGCUAGCAUUCCUGAAUAAUGACAUUGAGAUGGUUAGUGCUGUCCUUCAAAUUGCAGAAGCUCAUGCUGUUACUUUGUGGAUGUUGUGGAUAGCUGCUCAGUGGGCAGAGAAAAAAGGGAAAUAGGUGGAAGGGCAGCAAUGAGAGUGGUUAUGUGUUUUUUUGUUUGUUUGUUUAACACUCUAAUCCCCCUCUGCACUGAAGAAAGAACAUGCUACAAAAAACAAUGAAUGUGCCAGGAAACUGGAAAGAAAUUAUGUGAAGUGGAUAAGAACUUUGUUGUCUUCAGGAACAGUUUGUUAACCAGAAAAACUUCAGUGAAACAAAAGUGAAGACUUCUACCAGUCAUUUGUUCAGAAAAUGUACUUCAGUAGGAGUAUUGGUUAUAGUAGUAAUACUAUUUUAGGAGAAUAUCAAAGGAGGACAAAAUUCUGCUCUCACUGUGAUACUGCUUCCUAUUCCACUUUGUGUUUGCAUUCGAGACAUCCUGCUUUUGUAGCUUAAAAUGUAAUAAAGUUUCUUAGAGUAUAAAACAUAAGGGGCUACUUGCUUUACAGAAGGCAAGGCAAGAUUCUUAGCCCAUUAAUUUUUACUCAGUACAAGGACAGAACAUGGCAUAGAGAGAGAAUGUAGCCUCUUAACUAUACCAAAGCAUCUCAUUGUUUAAGGAAGUAAACUGACUCACAGGCAUGUGAGACUGAACUGUCACCAGUUCCUGGAGCCCUCAGUCAGAUAACAUACAGACUUGUGUUGUGGAGACAUAGGGAACCCUCAGUGUACAUCACAAUUUUAAUGAAGGU